AGUGGGAGCGGGUGAAAGGAGGAGCCCCAUUGGUCAAGGAGAAGCCCAAGAUGUUCGCCAAGGGCACGGAGAUCACCCCGGCCGUGGUGCUCAAGAAGCUCAAUGAGAUCCUGCAGGCGCGGGGCAAGAAGGGAACCGACCGUGCGGCCCAGAUCGAGCUCCUGCAGCUCCUGGUGGCCGUGGCCAAUGAGAACGGGUUGGGGGCUGCCCUAGAGAUCAAGAUCAAGUUCAGCAUCAUCGCCUCCCUCUACGACUACACCCCCAACCUGGCCACGUACAUGAAGCCCGAGCUGUGGCAGCGGUGCCUGCGCUGCAUCGAGGAGCUCCUGGACGAGCUCUUCCUGCACCCCGAGAUCUUCAUCGGGGAGAACAUCCUGGAGGAGUCCGAGAACCUCAGCAACCCCGAGCAGCCCUACCGCGUCCGCGGCUGCAUCCUGACCCUGGUGGAGCGAAUGGACGAGGAGUUCACCAAGAUCAUGCAGAACACGGACCCACACUCGCAAGAGUACGUGGAGCAGCUGAAGGACGAGGCGCGGGUGUGCGGGAUCAUCGCCCGGCUGCAGCGGUACCUGCAGGAGAAGGGGGCCCCAUAG